GCUCCGUUACUCCAGCAAUGACACAAGCACCAAUCUCUGAAGACUCCUGAAGCACUGAGCAGUCAAACGGGAAUUGCUGUUUAUUAUCGAGGCAUUUAUCCGCGCUGUGGAGGUUUAUAACUGUGUAAAAGUGUGACAUUUGGACAUUAUGGUGCGGUACUUUAUUCUAACGGCUCUUCUGCCUCUAGUCGCUACAACAACCCUGAUACCAAAUAGCGAUUUCUCAGAUAAACAGAGCAUAGUGCGGACGUUUUCUGGAUUUUUCCGGACGGUCACGGACGAGCCGUUUGACUAUCUGGAUGUGCAGGAGGGCAGCGGCUCAGGCUUCAGCCAAGAGCGCGAGAGAGAGCAGCGCCACCCUGCGGGCAAAAGGCUCUAUCACAUCUCCAAAGAGGCCUCUCAGUUCCUCACGAGCCCUUUGGUGACCGUUUUCAUCCCCACCAUCUACACGCUCAUCUUCCUCAUCAGUGUUCCUCUAAACGUGCUCGCGCUGUUCAUGUUUAUCCGCCGCGUGCACCCCAAGAAGCCGGCUGCGAUUUACAUGCUGAACUUGGCCUGCGCAGACCUGCUUUUCGUUUUGCUCUUGCCCUUUCGUAUCGCCUAUCAUUACAACGGAAACCACUGGAUCUACGGCUCUGCCAUGUGCCGCGUGGUGACUGCCGCCUUCUACUGCAACAUGUACUGCUCAGUGCUGCUGAUCACGUGCAUCGCCGUGGACCGCUUCCUGGCCGUGGUCUACCCGAUAGACUCGCUCAUGUGGCGCAGCCCCAGAAACGCUUCGGCCGCAUGCGCCGCCAUGUGGCUUCUCUCCAUCGGUGGGGUCACGCCACUGCUCGUGUCCGAGCACACCGUGCACGUGUCCGAAUUGGACAUCACCACGUGUCACGACGUGAUGGACAUCGAACACCUCCGCGGCUACUACCUUUACUUCUUUCCCAUCUUCAGCUCGCUGUUCUUCUUCAUCCCGUUUCUCUUCACCACAGUGUGUUACAUUGGCGUCAUUCAAACGCUGUGCGCGCUUGGCGGGGAAAACCGAGCCCGGAAGUCGCGCGCCGUCGCCAUGGCAGCCACGGUGUUCGCCUUGUUCACCGCGUGCUUCGCGCCCACCAACAUCAUCCUGCUCACGCACUACGUGCGCUUCGCCCGCACGCACGACGACGCUUCAUACGCUGCUUACCUGGUGGCCACGUGCGUGGGAAGCCUGAGCUGCUGCCUCGAUCCGCUCAUUUAUUAUUUCGGCUCGUCGCGCUGUCAGAAGCAGGUCCUGGCAUUCUUCAAGCGUCGCUCUGCACUGGAGCGCUCUCAGCUCAGCAGCUCCAGCGGCAGCACCACAUCCAGCAAGCUGGAGACUUUCAAAAGCAACUUAAGCAGCCAGUACAGUAAACUGGUUGCGUGAGCAAACCGCACAUGACUCUACAAAAAAGUACUUCAUCAGGAUUGGGAUUGAUUGCACUCGUAGCACAUGCGCCUUAUACUAGCCUUAAUGACUGCGUUAUUAAAUACAUUGUUAAACCAUUAUCUUUACUGAAUAGACAAGCCUGUAAAAAUAUGAAGCUGAUCUGCAUUUAUUUAGUUACUCUACCAAGUUGCACAAGAAAUUCUGUAUGAAACUGUUUACGUACCCUAAAGAAGCAGUUUGACAUUUUCUAAGCUGUAUUCUACCUGUGCAGCAAAUUGCAACUGUAAAGAAAACACUGAUAAGCUUUCACUUUCCUCCCAACCAACCCUUAAGGGUUGUGUUUUGAUGAAAAGGAAAUAUUUGAGGAAAUGCGGUGAAUGGGGUAUCUUAAGGUAAAGGGCAUUUUUAAAAAAACGACAAACUCCAAAUGACGAUUGUAUUAUGUAAACAAAAUGUAAUGUUACAGGAAAUGUGCAAGAAAAAAAGUCAUCGAUAAUUGAAACUGCAACAGUAUACACAAUAUUUGGAAAAGAAUCUGGCCACUUUAAAAACAGGAAACAUAAGCUUUCCGUCAACAUUCCUUUCCAUGGAAUCAUCAGGGACAAUAAGAAUAAUAAAAAAAACCCAUCGCGUUUGUAGACAGCUGGCUAACACUGAUGUUUCCUAAAAAAGCAGCAAAUCCCCACUGAUUUGUUCCUUUCAUAUCAGAAGAAAUUCUCCACAUUCCCUAUAAACCUUAACAAAAUGACUCAUAAAGAUAUCAUCACGCAAUAACAAGACAUGCAUCAAGACAGACAGACAAAUAGCAUGAGAGAUGAAGCAGAAAUCCUGCAGAAACAUUUGGAUUGUUCUUUUCCACAUGUGGGCUACAGAGUGACAGAUUAAAACAAGCCUGCUUGUGGUUUGUUCAGACUGGCUGUGCUCGACCAGGGAAAUGUUUGCAUGUUACACUCCAGCACUUCCAUGAGGAACAUCCGCGAUGAGAAUCCAAGUGCGUUUGUUUCUUCAUUGCUUCAAUGUAUUCAGUCUCACACGCUCAUCGUCAUGUUGGGAGAGUACUGCAGAUAAACAGAAACCUCUCUCAUAUACAGUAUAAAAAAAUGGCACAGGCAAUAAAAGUAUUAAAUAAGCACCUGUAAUCUAUAGCGCAGCUUUAAUAGAAGCCAUGUACCUCUGACAGGCUAUGCCCAUGCACACUGUAAUAUUAUUUGUAAAAGAAUAACAUCACUUUAUGUUAAAUAAUUGUGUUACAAACUAUUUCUUCUCACACGUGAGUACUAAAUUGUCCAAGAAAUCAAUCAACUUGCAUAUUACUAUUUUAAUGAACCUGUAAUAUUUCAUUCAUAAUGAAAUUCUGAGUUGACUUUUUAGUUUAUACUGCUUUCAUCAACACAAUGGUACAUUUGUCAAUUUUCACUUUGGUUAAUGGUUUCCUGCAUUAUCCACAAUGACAUUUGACUACCUUGUAAUACCUAAAGAGAGCGAUGCAGCAGAGCUUUACUCCUUUAAUCUGUCGAUCUCCUCAUCUGUACACUCUGCUCAAACAGAUCAGGCUCCAAAGUGUGCAUGCUGAUACCACUAACCUCUUUUGGGAAUAAUGAAAAUACAGCACCAACCAACAAAAUGGCACCAGAAUCACUAAACACAUCACAAAUAUUUCAGCGUAAAUAUUUCAUGUGUUUCGGGGUGUCAUUUUUCUUUUUCUCCAAUCGUAAGAGGAUAACUUUUACUUUUACUAAUAACUUUUUUUCUCUAAUAAUGUGGUCAAAUCUAGCUAGCGGGUUUGUGGCUGAGAAGUGAAUAAAGUGUACCUAUCACAGCUUAACCUUAACUUUGUCAAGAACAGAAAUUUAUCUGCACAAAAUGACUGAGAAUUAAUUUUUCAAAUCUGUAUAGAAAUGGCUCUGUAAGCCUGAUGCAUGUAUAUGAUGUUUAAAAGUGAAUUAUCUAGCCAUUUCAUUUAGCUGCAGUCCACACUAAUUAAAUAAAUACGUUAACUUGCAUAAA